GGAAGACUCGGUCGUCCAUACCUUAGUUUGUCCAUUACUCUCAAAAAUUUGUUGCUAAAAAAGUAAAUCAUGUUUCUUAGUAGCCAGUAAAUUGAUCUUACGAAACGGACAAGGAGAAAGAGGACAGAAAUUGCGAUAAAAUGGAGGAGUAAUUAGAAUCCAACAAAUAUGUGGAGUUUAAGUCUAUGGGAUGUAGGCUUCCCCUUGGAAUGGUGGAGCUGGCUAGUUGGAAGGAUGUCCAGCAUGACAACUUUCCUCUUGACGACCCUAGUCCUCCCUGGUGAAGCUGUAACACAUAAUGAGGAUAACCUGCAAUUUGCAAAGCUGUACCACAGCAUAACUUUUAUUGGCAGCAGGGCCAUGUGCAAUGUGCUGAAUGCAGUGUGGAGCAAGGAGAACCUUGGAGAAGAAAUUCAGACUUUAAGGGAUUAUUGCAGGAUCAAGUUAUCUUGGACACGGAAGAACUUUAAUUUAAUUUUUGAUAAGUUUGAUCAACAGUAUUUGGACAAGGAUAUCUGUUAUGAGAAUUAUGAUAUUUGCUACUUGUGCAGGGUUUUGGAAAAUGUGCUUAAUCAUGUUUAUUGUCAAUUGGAUCCUGAUUGUCAAGAGCACAUCAAGAAACUUCGAAAGAAAAGGAACAAAGUGUGCCAUUACUAUGGGCACAUGGAGGGAAAUCUGAGCACAGAGAUAGAUCAGCUUAAAGAAACUAUAAGAUCUAUUUACAAAGGAGUUGGUAAAUACCUUGAUAUUGAUUUUUCUCAGAACAUUACAGAGAUGGAACACAUGCUGACUGAAAUCUUAGAUACUAAUUUUGUAUUUGGUGAGCAAGUGAAAGAGAUUGAAACAUUUGAAGAAAACAAACGGUCUAGGAUGAUCAUCCAGGGACGACAGGAGCUGGAAGCUCAGUACAGGAAACUCCGAGUGCUUAAUCCUUGUACGUGGAUAAAUGAAAAUAAUGAUAAAGUCCGUAGAUUUGAGGUUGACAAAAUCUUUACACCCUUAAAGCUUGAGGGUCAGAGGGAAAUAGAGCUGAAAGACAUUUUUACUGCUAAAAUGGGAAGAGGUGCCAUUUUGCCUCCAAUCUUGAUAUACAAGGGUUUGGCAGGAUCUGGCAAAUCUGCUUUGUGCCGCUACUUGAUCUUUAAUUGGCAUACAAAAAAGGAAGAGAUUGACAUGCUUAGCUCAUUUGACCUAGUUUUCCUUGUAGAAAUUAGGCGCAUGAGAUGCAGGAAGGUGAUAGAUUUCCUUCAAGAGAUGAUACUCAAAAAUACAUGUAAAAAUUUUGACCCUAAAGAUGUUAUAUUGCUACUGAAAGGCCUAGAUUUACUUUUUAUUAUUGAUGGCUAUGAUGAGAGUGGAGAGCAGGACAAGGAGCUUGUCGAAAAUAUUUUGGCCAUAUUCAGUAAUCAUCGGAUCCUAAUAACAACACGACCAGAUUACCAUGAAGAUGUUAUCAGCUUGGCAAAGAGAUAUGCUGCAUACCAGUCUGUGGAAGUUUGUGGAUUUGAUGAUAAACGGAAGGAAGAGUUCAUCACUAAAGUGUUCUCAGUGAUAGAAGAGAAAGACAAAUGCAUGAGGCAAACCAUAAAGUUUCUGAAUUACCUUAGUAACCGUGGAUAUGCUUUGGAUGAGCAUCUAAAGUUACCUUUGACUCUGGCACUGCUUAUAUACCUUUGGAAGGAAAAUCCAGAAGUUGUAAACAGUGUUACCUCUGCUACAAGACUCUAUAUGGAACUCUUUAGGUUGUGCCAAAAGAAACUAGCUGAGCGUUUGUGCUGUACAAAGAGCUUCAGGAGUGCAAAACUUUACUCUCACCUUGAUGAUCUCAUCCUCUUGCUUGGGCAACAAGCAUGGUUAAUGCUCAAAGAUGCAAACAAUUUAGUUAAUAAAGAUAUAUAUUAUGUACUUGAAAAGGAAUGUAAAACUAGAAAUAUUGAUGUUACUGAAUUGAUGUCUGCCUUUCUUAUGUGUCAUGUGGAUGAGGAUGAUGAUGAGCUAGUUUAUGAAUUCCUACACAAGACGCAGAUGGAGUACCUUGCAGCAGGAUUCUUAGCUGAUCAAGUUAAAAGAAAAAGAAAAACUCUUGAGGAAAUUAAACAAGACAUUGGGUACAGCAGUUGGAGGCAUCACCAAGAAGUUUUGAAGUAUCUUACAGGUCACCUUGCUAUUCAUAGCCAGGAGAAUUCAGAUAUUCUUGAAGCCAGUUUUCCACACUUAUCAAAGUUAUUUAGUGUGGCAGAGAUAGAAAGUGACAAUUACAAUUACUGGUGGAAUUUAGUUGUUGAAGCACUGUUCAACUCCUCAGUAUGUAAGGGAAUUGCUCAGAACCAGCUACCUGUGAAACACUGGCAAUUGAAUGCAAGACAAGUAGUUUCUGCCCUGAACCUCUUAAUCAGGACGUCAGUCUCACUUAAGACCCUAACUAUCGAUAUAUCUUGUGAUGUGGAGCCAUAUAACAUCAAAUAUUUUCUCGAUGUAAUGAAAAGUUUAAAGUUCAAAAUUCAAGACCGCCAUAACAAGCGUUGCCCAAUCUUGGUUGAAAUUCACUUCUGGCGGCAUGUUCAGUAUCAGCAUAGCAGGCCGUCAGAUGAUUUCCUGAGAGCUUUGUAUCCUUGGGCACAUCUUAUAAAUUUCACAGGAAGUCUUGGAGAACAAAUAGAAGGUAAGGAAGUUUUGGCCUACUGCUACAAUCUGAAGAACAUCCGUGCACGUGUGGCAAGCCCCAAAGCUCUUGCUUGUCUUAGCAGGAGCUUGGAGAAGAUCUGGAAGUCAGUCCGUAUCAUACGGCUGACCCUUGCGAUCUCUGUUGAAGUCAGGCCGGAGGAGCUUGCAGUGCUGAAAUUCAGAGGCAAUCUGGAGUUGCUGCUGAGGAAUAUCAGAGAUGCGGACAAGGAGUGGUUGGUGCAAGUUGUCAGGAGAAUUGGAAAUCAGUAA